AUUCUGAUGAUGAUAUUAUUACUGAAUUAAAUUUUAACGAGAAAGACAGAGCAAAAUUUGGAUAUAUUAAAUUAAAAGAAGAAUAUGAGAAAGCUGAAAAAAAUAUACAUAACAAAAAUAAAUUGAUAAUAAUCAAUUAUUCUGUGGCUUUUUUCGUGAUAAUUUUUGGAAUAUUAUUAUAUUUGUUAAUAAAGAACAAUUUACUCGGAAAAGUUGGAUCUGUUAUUCUUUCUAGUAUUGCUAGCAUAAUUGGAAGUGUAACUCCAAUAGUGUCUGUUUCUAAAGAAUUUGUAAAAAAACCUAAAAAAGAUGAUUUAGAAAAUUUAGAUAUUUCAAAAAUUGAUAUUUCAAAAGAUCUU